CGUGGUAAAGAGAACGGCGCUCUGCGAGGUGGGCGGGGUCCGGGUUCCCUUGAGUGGAAAACUCUCCAGUCCCGCCCACACAAGCAGCUAAAUACAGUUGCGGCUGUUGAGAGAAACGCCUGUUCUCCAGGAAGACACUGAAAAAACUGACGGCACUAUGAGCUACCCUGGAUACCCCCCUCAGGCAGGCGGAUACCCCCCUCAGGCAGGCGGAUACCCCCCUCAGGCAGGCGGCUACCCCCCUCAGGCAGGCGGAUACCCCCCUCAGGCAGGCGGAUACCCCCCUCAGGCAGGCGGAUACCCUCCCCAAGCUGGAGGCUACCCACCGCAGCCUAGUGGCUACCCUCCUCAACCUGGCGGCUACCCUCCACAGGCUGGUGGCUAUCCACCACAGGCAGGGGGUUAUCCACCACAAGCAGGAGGCUACCCACAGGCACCACCCACAGGGAGCUGGGGUGGUGGCCCUGCUGGUGGUUAUCCCUCCAUUGGUCUUGACACUUUAUCCAACCCUGGAUACAAUGCUGGUAUGGCCAACCAGAUCUCUGCAGCCAUGGGGGUUUUUACUCCAAACCCAUCCAUGUUCACCCAAGCCCCUGGGGGUUACGCACAUCCCCCUCAUUCUGGCGGGUAUGGUGUCCCCUCCCCUAACCAACAGUCAUAUGGCCUGUACCCACAGCCAGGAGGGGCCAUGCCCCAACCCCAUGGCCCAGGGAUGAGCUACCCAGGUCAGCCUGGCCAGCCCAUGCAAGGGUACCCUGGUGCGCCAUCCCCCAACCAUCCCAUGCCCGGUUAUGGAGGAGCACCAGCACCUAUGCCAGUGUACCCGAAAGUCCCAUCACCAAAUCCAUCCAUGCCAGCCUAUGGCGGAGGAGCCAUGCCAAUCGCUCCACCCAUCAACAGAGGAUUCAGGGGAACAAUCAAAGACUAUCCUGGAGCUGACCCACUCAAAGAUGUGGAGGUCCUGAGAAAGGCCAUGAAAGGCUUUGGAACCGAUGAGCAAGCCAUUAUCGACUUACUGGGGAGUCGGUCCAUCAGGCAGCGUGUCCCUAUGCCCCGGUCCUACAAAACCUCCUAUGGGAAGGAUCUGAUCAAGGACCUGCAUUCAGAGCUGUCUGGAGACUUUAGGAUUCUGGUCUUGGCCAUGUUGAAGAGCCCAGCUGAGUUCGAUGCCUACGAGCUCCACAGUGCCAUAAAGGGAGCGGGAACGGAUGAAGCCUGCCUGAUAGAGAUCCUGUCAUCUCGCUCCAAUGCAGAAAUCAAGGAGAUAAACCGCAUUUACAAACAAGAAUAUAAGAAGACUCUGGAGGAUGCCAUUAGUGGAGAUACCUCAGGCCACUUCCGCAGGCUCCUGAUCUCUCUCGCCCAGGGCAAUCGUGACGAACGACCAAAUGUUGACAUUUCCCUUGCUAAACAAGAUGCUCAGGCACUGUAUGCUGCCGGAGAGAACAAGCUGGGAACAGACGAGUCCAAAUUCAAUGCUAUUUUGUGCGCCAGGAGCAAACCCCAUCUCAGAGCAGUGUUUCUUGAGUACCAGCAGAUGUGUGGCAGGGAUAUCGAGAAGAGCAUUGACAGGGAAAUGUCUGGAGACCUUGAGAGUGGCAUGAAGGCAGUGGUGAAGUGCAUUAAGAACACACCGGGCUACUUUGCUGAGAGGCUCUACAAGUCCAUGAAGGGAGCUGGGACCAAGGACAAAACCCUCAUCCGCAUCAUGGUCACCCGUUCUGAGGUUGACAUGCUGGAUAUCCGCCAGGAGUAUGUUAAAAACUACGGCAAGUCGCUGUACACACACAUCUCUGGAGACACGUCAGGAGACUACAAGAAACUCCUACUGAAGCUGUGUGGGGGCAGUGACUGAAGAGGAAAUAAUGCCUACGCCAGUAAAGACAUUCAACAAAUAUCAGUUAUAUACGCGCACUAUACACAAACCGCAAUCUCGCAUGCCAAUCCAAUGCUCUCAAUGCAAUGUUUACUUAGUUGUAAGAACCUCUUAUGUAUUGCUACAUACAAUUUCUUUUCUAUAUGCAGUAUGCACCAAAAAAAAGUUUUAUAUUUUUUCAUUUGCUAUACAAUAUCUUUGUCAGAGAUUGCCUUUGGAUUUUAAAAUGCUAUAUAUUUAUAACCUUUUAUUUGAUCUGUGCCAAUAUGAUCAGGUAUCUAGAGAUAUCAUUGAAUGUUUAUCGGCUCGUUUUCUAAUGUUCAGCAAUGCUGAAUAAAGUAUCAAUCAGAAUAUGUAGGAGCUUAGUACCAAAGCUAUUGUCCAAGUUUGCAACUAUAUUGUCUCUCCUAUAUUUUUGUCUUCACUUUACAAUUCUUUGUUCAUCAUUGUUGUGCCGUGUUUGGGGCGGAUGUUAAAUUUGAAUGUUGUAUAACUGCCAUUGUCGGAUAUAACAUCACAUUUCAUAAUUUGUUGGUGAGUCUCGGAAAAAAUAAACAUUGAGGACACACA